AUGCGCCCAUCGCUAGUAACUCGACUUGUGCGUACGCCUGUUCGCAAUGCUGCUGCCGCCGCCGCUGCGACAGUGACGCCGAUAGCAGCUGCUCCCAGUCACAUCAAACUCGAUGCCUACCGACCAGAAGCCGCAAUUCCGACAACUACCAAGUCUGUUCUGAGCGAUGUCUGGUUCAGCAGCUCGGCUCCCAGUCUUCUGUCAAAUACCGGCCCUAACAGUGACCACAAGCCGCCGGAUGAGCGCACUCUGAAGCUAGGCAAAACGGUCCGUAUAUUACACGAACGCCUCCCAACAUUACUCGCAUCUCCGUUACCACAAGAUAUACUUUCACCUCAAAUCUCACUCCACCUGUUUCCCUCGACCCACCCGCAUCUUCCAACUGUCUCUGGACGCAUUGCCUACCUUGCCGCAUUAUGGACGGCACCCGUGGCUUGGGGGCGUGUGCCUGUUGUAGGCAAUGUCAAGCUGACAGUCGUAUCUGAACGCAUGAUCCGACAUGGUGGAAACAAUUCAAGCUCUUCUCUCCGCGACGAGAAGCUUAUAGUCAAAUGGAAGACUUGUGGAAAAGCCAGGAACAAGGACUCACCUGCCGUGUACCGCGGCAUAGGCGCCAACGAGCAGGUGGAAAGAAUCACAAAUGUACUUGGCAAGUCAAAAGAGGACGAGGAGUUUUGCGGUCUCUUCAUUUUUGAGUUUGACGACCAGGGACGUAUCGUCAAGCAUACAAUCGAGCAUGCCGACGAAGGCUCUGGAUCGGAACGCACCAACAGGGUGGUCAGCGUGACGGACUGGCUACUCGGCAAACUAAAACCUGAGGAGCAAGUGCCCAGCCUGGCAUGGUGCAGGAAUAGUCAACUAAGACGUCGCAAGAGAGAGUGA